AGGAUGCUGUGUUGCUGGACAAUGCAGGUGAUGAACAAGGGUCUCUCCUUGCUCGCCCCACAACACUUAGCUCCCAUUGAUAUCAUCCGUUCUUCCUCUGAUUUCAGAUGGGGAUUGAGAAGAGGACAAGAUGCAAUACUAAGCUUGCAAAGUAGGAAGAUUCGACCAAUUCGCGUGUUGGCGAACCCUAAUGUGCCUCCAGGAAGAAGAAGUUCAAGCAAAGUGGUGAACAUGGUUGACCCGUUGGAAGCCAAGCGGCUUGCAGCAAAGCAAAUGGUACAGAUUAAAGCUAAAGAGCGACUAAAAAGACGUCGAGAAAUCGAGGCCAUCAAUGGUGCUUGGGCUAUGCUUGGUCUGACUGCUGGAUUAGUCAUUGAAGGUCAAACUGGGCAUGGAAUUCUAUCUCAGUUGGCCGGAUACUGGGCUGCAUUUGUUGGCCUUUUCACAAGAUAGAACAUUCCAAGUCCACCUGAGCAAUUCUUUCAAAGAAAUUCUUGUAAGCGAAGCCCAGAAAUUAUUCAGUUGAUUGUUGUGUUUGUAGUACUUAAUUCAUUCUUUUACAUGUUCUUGUUUGUAAGUGUUGUGCCAUUACACGUACUACAGAUGUACCUAACUUGCUACAGGGCUCUCUAUCUUUUCGAUGCCAAAUUUGUCUCCUAGGAACAAAUACGAGGGCAAUGUAUUCACUAACUUUAUUCUC